AUGGAUAAGUCAUAUAACUCGACUUUAAACAGAAGCUCAGCUCGGAAGAAGAACCUGUCAACAUUCUCGCAAUUGAAUGAUAGAGAUGAGUAUAACUUGAGCUCACAAGAAGACAACCUGCCGGCUAAUAAGAGACGAGAGGCUAAUACAGGACUCUUUGGAUAUAGUAAGACUCAAGAUAAAAGCAACAACGUCCUAAUCCUAGAUAACGAUAGCGAAGACUCUCUCCCCCAGUUGAGCAAGACUAACGUAUCGAUCCUGGAACACUUUAAGAAAGCUACAACUCAAAGACCAUAUGAAAGGAUGCUUAAAAACAUGAGUAUGCAAAGGAAACCUCAUCCUUAUGAAUUCGGUCAACUUCGUGAAAAAGUGCAGCAGCCAAAACACAUGAGGUCAAAUACUGAGGAGAAUAUUCUUGAUUACGAAAUUUUGAGUUCAUAUAAGAAUGACAUACCCCAGAAUUCUAAUGAUAAUUUAUUAAAUUCUGCAAGAAAACCCCUCAAAUCAAAGAAGAAUCCCUAUUCAAAGCUAAAUCUUCAAAGACACGAAAGUGAGAACCCAGCCUCCAAAAUAGCAAUGACAACUUCUGUUGAUAACAUUCAUAUUCACCGUUCCAACUCUGACAGGAAGCAUAAGCAGACAAAUCCCCGAGAGAUGAAGAAUAGCCAGGGCUUAAAGAACGAAGGGAAGUCCUUAAGGACUAGGAUUGGGUAUAAUAACAAGCAAAACAAGUCUCAGAAGAACUCCAUCUCCAAUACCCACCAGACUCAUGCAGCUUUUCCUAAAAAGAUUAAUAAUACAGGAUUAAGAAAAAGCACUUUUAAGUUUGUAAUGAAGAGGAAAUAAUCAGAAUAAAAGCGUCAAAACUAUCGAAAGAUUAAGAAAGUACAACAAUUCUCCCUUAAAGAGCACUAUACAGGACAGCUACUCGAAUGUAAAUCAAACAAGUAAACAAAGCUAUCAAGGGAUGGGAGGUCUAGGCCCUAACAGAGAUUCCAGGCACCAGAAAGCUAGCGAAACUGCCUUAAAAGUCAAGUUUUUCUCAAAUAUUGUGCGUGAGACCAAUAGAGAUGAACCUCAUCAUGAAAUUUAUAAACUUCUAAACGGAAGCAAUUCUAAGAUGGAGAACUCCAGAACUAAAGCAAUCGAAUUUGCCAAAAGUAUCAGGAAUAAAUUUAAGGGAGGAAAGAAAAUCGCCAAUCCCGUUUUAGAGAAGAUCAGUAAGUUGAAAGAAGAGUCUAGAAAAAACCGUGAAUCCUUGUACACCAAUAUGAAAUUUACUGAAGAAGCUAUCAAGAUGUUUUACUGCUAA